AUGGCGUCAUGGUGCCCAUCCAUGGCGACACACAGGCCACAUAGCAUUCACACCGACCCAAGGAUGUUCCACCUAGUUGAGUUCACGGUCAACAAAACUGUAGCAGUGGUGCCCGAGAACUGGUACAGUGACGGCGUGACCUAUCAGUACUUCGAGGCAAGACAACAACUAAAUAAGUCGCUGUCAUGCCACACUUCCGACCUGCAGACAGAAGAGGAGGAAGAGGACGUGCGACCCAAGAGGAAGCCAAAGGUGAUUCAUUUCUUGGGGGAUUCUGAUGAUAGUGAAGACGAACAUCCAAGAAAGAAAUCCAGAAGCCAAUCCAAAACAUCUAUACAGCCACCAGCUCCUGCUAUCCUGCCACCACCAUCUCCUGCUGUUGAACCACCACCAUGCCAACAACAAACCUUGUCUGCAAGCCAGGUGCACACACCUGCCUGGCGAGGGAGAAGGUUUGACUCGGGCACCCUUCCCUGCUCUGCCACAGAAGCCCAGAUUUUGGACUUGCUGGAACAUCUAAAAAAACAGAUGGAGCAACUAGAAGCCAAGGUUAAUUAUUUAACCAGCAAGCUGGAUGCAACUCCCCAGGAAAUGGAGGUGCAGAUUCCGGUCCAGUUGCCAUUAACUUCAGUGGAGGAAGUGAACCCUUUUGAGAACUGGCUCAAAGAUGCUGCACAUUCCCAGCUGAAGCAGAAGUUGAUUUCCUCGCUGGCAGCUUUUGGGGGCCAUGACACCAAAUGCAUAACGUGGAACAUCCUGGCACACAUUUUCCACGAUGAUGUUGGAAAGCUGAUUAAUUGGAAAGGUGUCAAUGGGAAGAAGUCUUUCAACCAGAUGUCAUCAAAAACACUGCUCCUGCAUUCUGUGAGAAAAAAUCCCAUCUCCUGCGCUUCCACUGACCACGACAUAUGUAAACAUGCUAUCCGCUGGUUUAACUUGGCAGCAGAUUGAGACUGCUCAAGGCGACGUAGUGGUACACAAGAAGUUCAACCCGCUGACCAGCAUUCAUCUUUUUAACACAAAUUACAGUCUGGUACAAUUUUUUAAUACUGUUUGCAUUACUAUUGUUAUAC